AUGGCGAAAUCACCAGAGGAACAACACCCAGUGAAAGCUUUCGGAUGGGCAGCUAGAGACCCAUCCGGUGUCCUCUCUCCCUUCAAAUUCUCCCGAAGGGCAACUGGAGAUGAAGACGUGAAAUUCAAAGUAUUGUAUUGUGGGAUCUGUCACUCCGACCUUCACAGUGUCAAGAAUGAAUGGGGCUUUUCCCAGUAUCCUGUCCUUCCCGGGCACGAGAUUGUGGGUGAAGUAACGGAAGUGGGUAGCAAGGUAAAAAAGUUCAAAGUUGGAGAUAAAGUUGGAGUGGGGUGCAUGGUUGGAUCAUGUCACUCGUGUGACAACUGCGCCAAUGAUCUUGAAAAUUAUUGUCCCAAAUUCAUCCUUACGUAUGAUUCCACAUACUAUGAUGGAACUCCGACAUAUGGAGUGGGUUUAGGUGGAUUGGGACAUGUAGGUGUGAAGUUUGCAAAGGCUUUGGGGGUCAAGGUGACAGUCAUUAGUACAUCCCCAAGCAAGAAAGAGGAGGCCAUUGAACAUAUUGGUGCUGAUUCAUUUUUGGUCAGCCGUGAUCCAGAUCAGAUGCAGAUCAGAUGCAGUCUCUGCAGUUCAUCCUCUCCUGCCAUUGCUCGGUCUGUUGAAAUCUCAUGGGAAGCUGGUUAUGGUUGGUGCACCAGAGAAGCCAUUGGAGCUACCAGUAUUUCCUUUACUCAUGGGCAAGUAUUUGACCAUUACCAAUGGGAACUUUGGCUAACAGAGUACUUGCAUUUUUUGUCAUCACCAUUCAUGUUCUAUGGUUUUCUAUCUAAUCCUUUCUACUCUACAUUGGUUUAUGGAAUAACAGGGAGGAAGUUAGUGGCUGGAAGUGGCAUUGGGGGGAUGAAGGAGACCCAAGAAAUGAUUGAUUUUGCAGCUGAACACAACAUAACAGCGGACAUUGAGGUUAUUCCAAUGGACUAUGUGAACACUGCUAUGGAACGUCUUGUGAAAGCUGACGUUAGAUAUCGAUUCGUGAUUGACGUUGGGAACACACUGAAGGCUGCCUAA